AUGAGAAAUGCUGCUUCUCUUACAUUGGCAGUACUUGAAGCAGCGGUUCCGGAGAAGGAUCCGGAUGUUCCCAUUGUACCAAUGUUGGUUGAAGUGACCAUUCCGGCUGUUGCUGAUGACGCUGAUGAGCUUGAUGCUCCCGCCAUGACCGAGGACGACGGGACAGAAGUGGCGGGCGUUGUCGCCCUCGUCAUGCUCGAUGAAUACGCGGCCGAGUCGGUUUUAGACAGGUACGAGGCUGGACAACUGUGA